UCCAAAGUCAUGAAAUCAGGCAUCUUUCUCUUGCUGUUGACAACAGCACUGUCACUGGAAUGGCCAGUGGCGGAGCCCGCACGGAGCUGCGGGUGCUGCAUCAGCCCAGCCGCUGUGCGCUUCUGGAGUCAGCACGCGUUCCUGGUCACAUGGUUAUUUUUGAUCGCGGAGGCAAAAUAGCUGCUGAGUCAUCAGCCAGCUAUGCAGACCUUUCAAAAGAGUUUGUGGUUUUUGUCAAGGGUGUGUUUCAUAGCAGUGCUGUGGUUCUGCUUGCUACGAGCCGAUGCCAAGCCCUGUGUCUCCAGCCUGAUGGGAGCUGCACUGGAGUGGGAGGCCAGUCUGAAGAGUCCUACUGGAAAGUGCAUAAAAUCAGCUCCGGAAUUUGCAUGUUUGAAAGUGUGAAAAAUGCAGGGAUGUACCUGAGGAUUAAGGAUGGCCACUGUGAUGGAAUAGGUACAGGACAUACCGACUGUCAUUUCAAAAUCAAGAAGAAUUUGGAAAAUGCAUCCAUAAGCCUGGAAUCUACGAAUAGCCCGGGGCUAUUUGUUGGACUUCAGUCAGAUGGACGUGCAAAGCCAGUUAUUUAUACCAAGAAUGGGAAUGUCUUCUUCUAUCCACAAGUCAUCAAAUUUGGCAGAGAAAACCCAACGAGUAUGUCAGCAACACCCAGCCAAGAGGAGGAAAAGAUCCAUGAGUCAAAAAAUCAGCAAGAAACACCACCAGAAUCCGAGGCCAAGUGCUCCUUACUUUCUUCAGCUGCGAAUAGUAACAGAAAAUAG